AUGACAAUCAGAAACACUUGUGUCGUGUUGCACUCGGCCCUAAACAAGCGCUGUACUCAUGCACUGAGGGCCAGCGGUUUUACCCGACGGGCUGGAUGGCCUGCUCACUGUUGUCUCACUGUCCGUCCUGCUCCGGUGAGGGCAGGGGAGCAGCGGGGGGGCAGCAGGUGCCCGGCUCCACAGAUCUGCUGUCAGGAGGGAGCUAGGCUCAGGCUGAGCUGGACUACUCCUCAUAAUGGAUGUCAGAUCCCUGGACGCUGGGAUGAGUUUAUGGGCUGCCGCACAUCUGCCGGCCCUCCUGUUGCAUACCUGAUGGCUCUCUGCAGAAAGCAACACGUUGUGGCCAAAGAUGCUCUCGAGAAAACAGCACAGAAAUAUCUGGUUUCCAGUUCACAAUCUUCCUCCUCUGAUGUUAAACCAGUCCCGGCCAGCGGGGAUACGAGUGUGCUUUCCGUGUCCAUGGAAGACGCUCGACCUGCAAAGUGUCCACGCUGUGACAGCAAAGUUCAGCAGGACACACACACUUCCUGUGAAGGGGCAGUGGGCCGGCUGCCACCAGCAGCAGUGGACAGGGUCAUGAGGGGGCCAUAUGCUGGGUCUGUUUUCUCUCAGCCCAUACGCGUGUGGCAGAAAUGCCUCCCGUUUGAUAAGCCGCCUUUGGAUAACAGCAGGCCAUGUGGGAAGCUUAGGACGGAGAAUGUUUCCCCACAUGCUGCCAGAGAGGGAGGUGCCCACCAAUGCAGCAGCGGCUGGGUGGAAAAAAAGCACCUAGGAGGCAUCUUUGAGCCU